UUUCUCUGAAGCUUUCUCUCUCCUCUCACCUCUUAUCUUUUGGAUGGAUAGCUACUCCUUGCUCUACAGUUCCUCCCAUAGAACCGGACUUCUCUCCGGCUUCCAGCGGCUGCGCACUCAGAGGAGCAUGUGUGAUGUCGUCCUGGAGGCCGGCGGUGUACCCUUCCCCUGUCAUCGCGCCCUUUUGGCCAGCUCCAGCGAGUAUUUUUGGGCCUUGUUUGGAGAGACUACCGCUGAGAGAUUAGCGGGCUCCAUUAGCCUCCCGGUGCUAACACCUGAGGGUUUAGACGCCAUUCUGGACUUCCUGUAUUCCGGCUGGCUCAGCUUAUCACCGCCGACUCUUCCUGUGGUCUUGGAGGCGGCCAGGUACCUGCAGGUGGAGACGGCCGUGUCGAUAUGCGAGCGCUUCAUGACCGAUGGUUUAAACGCUGACAACUGCUGCUGCUAUGCUAACCUGGCCGAGCUCCACGCCCUUGCAGACACACUUGAAGCUGCCAAUCAAACUGUCGCGAUUGAGAUGGGGACAUUGCUGCAGGAAAGCAGGGACGACCUCCUCAGGCUGAACAUCCAAUCGCUGAUGGCGGUGCUCGAUGCGGACGAGAUACCCGGCGUCAAGGAGAUGGAGCUCGUAAAGCUGGCUCUGGAUUGGCUGAAUGAGAAUGGGCCCCUCCCUCUGCUGAAAUCAAAUCUCCUGCUGAGUCGUCUGCGCUUCGGAUUGGUCGCCCCCGGUGAUCUCGCCAAUCUUAGCCACGCCCACAAAGCCAUGGGGACACCACUCAUCAGGAGCCAGCUGACCCGGGCGCUGGAGUACCACAGGAUGGGUCCAGCUCAGCCGAUCAGCCAGAGCAAACAGACGACACUCAGAUCCACGCCCAAUCGCGUGUUGCUGGUGGGCGGAGGCUCGAGCCCUGAUUGGCCGGAGCAGCAGAUGAUGGCAUUCGAUCCGAGCAGCAGGAAGUUCUCGUCUCUGAGCUCCAGCAUCCCGUUACGAGUGCGAAAUCACUGCGUGUGCUCGGCGGGAGGUUUCCUCUUCGUGAUCGGAGGAGAGGAAGUUAAAGAAGGAGACGAGGACGGGAAAAAGUCCGUCACAGUGGGGACGUCCAACCAGGUGUGGCGCUACGACCCUCGCUUUGACAGCUGGGAGGAGGUGGAGUCCAUGCUGGAGAAGCGCGCGCAGUUCACCUGCUGCGUGGUUGAGGACGCUAUUUAUGUCAUCGGGGGGCGACACAAGCAACCAGACGCCAACACGUACACGUCUUUAGCUUCUGUCGAGUUUUACGACAUGGCCACAGGGGCGUGGAGGAGAGGAGCAACGAUGCCCUGCCCCCUUUAUGGCCAUGCUUCCGCCGUUCUUGACAGUAGCAUCUAUGUGUCAGGUGGUCUCCCGGGCAACCAGGGCGGCAGCAACCACGUUGAUAACCAGGAUGACCACAGAGAGAGCAGCAAGGAAGUCUUGUUCUGGGACCUGAAGAGCAGAGUCUGGGAGAAGCGAGCGCCAAUGUCUAUCGCCAGGUUCAGCCAUCGCCUGGCAACCGCCCACGGCUACAUCUACGCCCUGCUGGGGAUGUAUGAGCCUUUCUGCGAUAUCGAACAAUAUGACUCGCAGUCGGACCACUGGACGCGCCUCCGACCGCUUCUCAUCGGCUCCUUCAACUACGGGAUGGUGUCGACGCCUUCUGGCAAUCUGCUGGUGUUCGGAGGAAGGAGGUGGAGCGACGGACAGGAGGUGGUAGUGAGGAGCGUGUUGGAGUACGACACGAAGAAAGAUCGAUGGAGAGAGAUCUGUCAGCUGCCCAGACCUCUGACCGGGACUGAGUGCACUCUGCUGCCUCUACCGGACUAAAGCUCACACAGUGUAAGAAAACUUCAACAUAAAAGUGAGGAUAUAGUCUCAAAAUGCUGAGAACAGGGCGUGCAUGAUUUAGAUAUUUUUGGUUUUAACCAUGAAACCACUGUUUCUAGUCCAGUCGCAUUAGAGGGGAUCAGAAGGAAGGGAAAUAUAUCCAACAAGUACAUUUUAAAGAAGUAGAGUGAGCUUCUCCAUAACUACUAAUAGUUUGACAUGGAAACGAUACCACUCUAUUAAUCUUCUCUAUACCAAUCUACUCCCAUAAGUAGUAGUAUAGCCUAGAUUAGAUUAGCAUAAAAACUGGUAACAAGGGAACUCUUGCUCUGUACAAAGGUAACCCUCUUGUUGUGUUCAUUUCUCAGGAACAGCAAUAAUGUUCACGGGUCAAUUUGACCCAGGGCAUGUUUAAUUAUCCAAAAGUGUCAGAAACUAAAAAAUCCCAAUAAACAUGAAUUAUAUUUCAUUAGUAACUCAAUUACUAACCAUUGCAAUCAAUAUUUAGUGCAAUGCUGUUCUUUAUCUCUCACAGAUCAUAGUUCAAUGAGGAUAAUUCACUCCUUUUUCACAAAAGAAUGAAUGUUAUUUUUUUUAUGUACAUCGGAAAGACCUACAUAUAAAAUACAAUGAUUUAACAUGACA